CAUGCUUGAAGCAAAAUGAAAAAAGAGGUAACAAAGAUGAUGAAUGGUGGUGGAGUUGAGUCAAAACCACCCAAAGGCUUUCCUGAUUUCCUCGGCUCUGUGAAUUUGAAAUACCUGAAGCUUGGCUACAUUUACUUGCUCUCUCUUUCCAACACCUUCUGCUUCUUUCUUCCUCCUCUUCUCCUUCUCUUCAUCUUUGUUUCUCGGUUCCUCCCACUCUUGGUUUAUCCUUUAUCCAUCUUCUUGCUUCUUCUCCUUUACCACUUCCUCACUCCUUCCUCUGUUUUCCUUCUUGAUUUCUCAUGUUACCGUCCACCUGAUCAUUUCAAGAUCACGAAAAGCGACUUCAUCGAGCUGGCAAUGAAGUCUGGCAACUUCAACGAGACUUCCAUCGAGCUCCAAAGAAAAGUUUUGGAGCAAUCAGGCAUAGGAGAGGAGAGCUACAUGCCGAGAGUGGUCUUCAAGCCUGGCCACAAACUCAACCUCCGUGAUGGACGCGAAGAAGCAGCGAUGGUCAUCUUCGGAGCCAUCGACGAGCUUCUCGCGGCCACCAAGAUCAACGUGAAGCAUAUCAAGAUCCUGGUCCUCAACUGCGGAGUCCUCAACACCACGCCUUCUCUCUCGGCGAUGGUGAUCAACCACUACAAGCUGAGGCACAACACGGAGAGCUACAACCUCGGUGGUAUGGGGUGCGGCGCCGGAAUCAUAGCGGUUGAUUUAGCCAAAGAUCUUUUGAACGCUCACCAAGGCUCUUACGCUUUGGUUGUGAGCACUGAGAUAGUUAGCUUCACUUGGUACUCAGGCAAUGACGUCACGCUGCUCCCGCCGAAUGGUUCUUUCCGGAUGGGAGCAGCUGCGGUCAUGCUCUCUAGCCGGCGUAUCGAUAGAUGGCGCUCGAAAUAUCAGCUUAUGCAGCUGGUGAGAACACAUAAAGGCAUGGACGACGCAAGCUACAAGAGCAUGGAGUUAAGAGAAGACAAGGAAGGGAAACAAGGACUGUACGUAUCAAAAGAUGUGAUGGAAGUCGCUAGACAUGCACUCAGAGCAAACAUCGCAACGCUACGCCGUCUCGAGCCAUGUUUCCAGCAUAUAUGCGUGCUGGCGACGAGCAAGACGGCUCUCGACGAGAUUCAGAAGGAUCUCAAACUGAGUGAAGAGAACAUGGAGGCGUCGAGGCAGACGCUGGAACGUUUUGGGAAUACGUCGAGCAGCAGCGUGUGGUACGAGCUGGCUUACUUGGAACACAAGGGGAAGAUGAAAAGAGGAGACACGGUUUGGCAGGUCGGUUUCGGGUCAGGGUUUAAAUGCAACAGUGUUGUAUGGAAAGCCUUGAAAAACAUUGACCCUCCAAGACACAAUAAUAACCCAUGGAGGAAUCUCUGAGGAUUUUAAGUGUAUUGAUAUAACAUGAAUAAAGUAAUACAACUGCAUUUGAAACAUAUCUAUGAUGCUAUAGGAUCUUACACAAAGGCAAACCAUCCAAUAAAGAGAUGCACUAGUCUGUGCUCUUGACAUGUUUAUCAUCAUUCAUAACUAGUUGACACAUGAAAGGAUGAAACUACACAGCCUUUUGUAUAUUGUGUUGUAGCAAAAGUUACAAAGGAUAGAGGAGAAGAAAGUAAACCAACUUGAAGCUAUGGGAUCU